GAAAAUCUUGUAGAUACUGAAAUGACUACCUCUAUUACCGAAUUAGAGAAUAUACAAACUGACAACAAAAUGGAAACUGACACAGCCUCAACAAUAUCUAUACAUCAAGAAAGUUUCAAUAUACUUACAUAUAGCCAAAUACAUUAUACAACUUAUCAAUUCUACAAAGGUUUUACAAAAGACAUGGAGAUCAAUAAAUAUGAGGAAAUCCAAAAAGCA